ACAUAUUCUCACUCUACACUCCAAAAGCGAGAAAAGCCGACAAAACCCGUUCGUUCAGAGACACCUUUGCCGUGGCCCUCAUCGUGCUUGAGUUUUUCUGGUGAAAGUAGACCGAUCGGAUUUACAGUACCAACUAGAAAGUCCAGUUCCACCAACCGAGAUGUCACAGGAUCAUGACAAUAAGAGGCCGGUCCUGUUGUUGCAGAAUGAGCCCAGCUACGGUCAGCGUCGGCCCUACACCAACGAAGACGAGGCGUGGAAGUCGUUCCUGGAGAACCCCCUGACGGCCGCCACAAAGGCAAUGAUGAGCAUCAACGGGGACGAGGACAGCGCCGCUGCCCUGGGCGUGCUCUACGACUACUAUAAGGUGCCCAGAGAGAAGAGAACAAUAUCCCAGACCAAGACAGAGUCAAUGGGCUCUGAUGUGGAUCCCAACAAAAGGUCCAUGCACUUGAUGGCCCCCCUGCAGGAAGCUUCCGUGGCGUCAGUGGAGAGCAGGAUCCAGUUCCUGAAGGGCCCCAUCAACAUCCUGCUGCCCAACCAGCUAACUGGCCAGGACAACAAGAGAGGGGUCCUUUUCCCCUCCCCGGACACCACUGUCACAGUCUCCAUCGCCCCCAACUACCCCAACGUCAAGAUGGAGGUGCCCUCCCACAGCUUCCACUGUGCCGAGUCCGACAGCCACACGGCAGAGUUCGCCAGGCAGCUCACACACAGCCAGUUCAGCCCUAGCACCCAGCCCCGUACCCCCGACUCCACCUUCCCAGAGACCUACAAGGAUGGUUCCCAAGAGGUGUUCUCCUUCCCAGGGGAUCUCCAGUUACGCAUGGCCUCCAUCUCGACAGAGGAAUACAGCGUGUUUGACACCGUGCCGGGGAAUCAUUUUGAGUACACCCUGGAUGCUUCCAAGUCGCUGCGUCAGAAGACAGGUGACGGUACCAUGACGUACCUGAACAAGGGCCAGUUCUACCCCAUCAGCCUCAGGGAGAUCGACAACAGCAAGCUGCGGCACCCCAUCAGCAAAGUCAGGAGUGUGGUGAUGGUGGUGUUCGGAGAGGAGAAGUGCAGAGACGACCAGCUGAAGCACUGGAAGUACUGGCACUCCAGACAGCACACAGCCAAACAGAGGUGUCUUGAUAUUGCUGACUACAAAGAGAGCUUCAACACAAUCAGCAACAUUGAGGAGAUCUCCUACAACGCCAUCUCCUUCACCUGGGACAUCAAUGAGGAGGCCAAGAUCUUCAUCUCGGUCAACUGUCUGAGCACAGACUUCUCUUCCCAGAAGGGUGUGAAAGGCCUGCCCCUGAACCUGCAGAUAGACACCUACAGCUACAACAACCGCAGCAACAAGCCCAUCCACCGGGCCUUCUGCCAGAUCAAGGUGUUCUGUGACAAGGGAGCUGAGAGGAAGAUCAGAGACGAGGAGAAGAAGCAGUCCCGUAGGAAGGGCAAGAGCACCGACAGCAACACCAGUCUGGGAUCAUAUGUGGACGUUAAAGUCCCUUUCCUUCAGAAGCGUAAUGAUGUCACAACCUUUAAGAUGAUGUCUGACUUUGAGACCCAGCCGGUUCUCUUUAUCCCUGACAUCCACUUCUCCAUCUUCCAGCGCCAUCCCUUCUCACAAGAAGAUGGAGAGGAAAGUUCGGGCAUGAAGAGAUCGCUCUACGCCGAGGAUGAGUUUGGUUCACCUUCCAAUAAGCUGGCCAGAAUGGACAAGCCCAAGAAAGUUCUGCUGUAUGUGCGUAGGGAGACAGAGGAGGUGUUUGAUGCGGUCAUGCUGAAGAACCCAACAAUGAACGGGCUGGUGGAAGCAAUAUCUGAGAAAUACAACGUGCCGCUCCAGAAAGUGGGGAAAGUCUACAAGAAAUGCAAGAAAGGGAUUCUAGUCAACAUGGAUGACAACAUCAUCAAACACUAUUCCAACGAAGACACCUUCCAGAUCUCUAUGGAGGAGCUAGGGGGCAUUUAUAAACUCACCCUGACUGAAAUCUGAUUGGCCCAAAGGGAGGGGUGGGGAGUGAUUGACACUAUCACCGCUCAGUCCGCAAAGAGUGUGGCGAUAGGGCAGCUUGUAAAGUUGUUGUAAAUGUAAAGACUCUUAGUUUACAGAUACACAUUGCAUUGGCCCAGGCACCAAAAAUGGACAGAAUGUCUCAGACAUUAGCCAUAUAUACAGUCCACUAGCCUGGUCCCAGAUCUGUUGUUAGGCUUGCCAAUGAUCAUUGCUUUGUUUCGAGACAGCAUAGACAGAUCUGGGACCAGGUUUAAACUGCCCACCUGUCUGAGAGUCUGUGUUCUUCAUUUUUUGUGAUGUUACAAAGCCACUGCUCUUAUGCCAUGAUGACAUUGUGUUGAUGGCUUGAUGUAGACUUUUCCUACUUUUUUGAUACUUUUGUAUAUAAGAAUUGAGUCUGACAAGAAACCCUCUUAGCUAUGUCUUAUGCUGAGGCCAUUUGAGAAUCUUUGUUUAUUUGUGUGGCGUGUCUCUCAGUAUCUUUGUGUUGUAUAUGGUAUAAGUGAAAGCAUCAGUCUAAUAGUGCAUUGCUUUUGGCAUUAGCGUCAUAGUGAUCUGGAGAUGUAUGCAAUCGUUUAGCCUGGUCCUCGAUCUGUUUGGUCUGUCUUGCCAAUUCAUGUAGGGAUUGUCAAGCCAGACAAGGCAUUCUAUCUGCCCCCUUGGAAAGGGUUGUCACUAGUUACCACCGCCACAAAGUCCAAAUUGGCUAUAUUGUAAAAUUAAUGAAAACUAAAAUGCAGCUUUUUGGUCUUAAUUUAAGGUAAGGGUUAGGAAUAAGUUUAGCUGUGUGGUUAGGGUUAGGAAUAAAGUUAGCAGUGUAGUUAGAGUUAAGGUUACGGUUCGGGUAAGGUUUAAAAUCAGAUUUUAAAGAAGAGAAAUUGUAGAAAUAGACCGGGUUUAGCCAUAAUUAUGACUAUGUGGCUGUGGUAACUAGUGACGAACCUCGGAAUGCCAUAGUACUAAAGACAGAUCUUAAUCUAUUAAAUUAGGAUAUCUAUUAGGAUAUUUCGCACACAAGGUGAGUGCAAACGCGUAUUGUAAAUAGAGAGGAUGGAUUGGCCUGGUUGGCUUACUCACUGUAUUGAUACUACACAUCCUGGCAGUAUUUAGUAUGUAUGUAAUGUACACACUACCACAGUCUGGCAGUUAGUAUGAUAUAAUCUGUGUUUGUUGCUACUGUAUGUGUGUUUUGAGAAUAAGCAUGUAAUGUAUGUGUGUGUCAUAUGGAUUCUGGAUAGAAUGGAGAGCAGACAUUUUCCCUCAUACUGCUUUAGCAUAUGGCCUCUUCAUAAGUAUUACAUGUCAAAAAAUGAUAAUAAGAUAAAAAUGUAUCAACCCUUCUGUCCCUCAGCUAUGGUGUGAAUAGGAUUCAGACCACAGGAGGCUGCUGAUGGGAGGACGGCUCAUAAUAAUGGCCAGAACAGAGCAAAUGGAAUGACAUCGAACACCUGGAAACCACGUUUAAUGUAUUUGAUACCAUUCCACUGAUUCCACUCCAGUCAAUACCAUGAGCUUGUUCUCCCCAGUUAAGGUGCCACCAACCUCCUGUGAUUGACUAUUAGUCUAUUAGUACAAGGGAAGUGCAAUAAGGCAGUGAUUGAAGCUCAAACACAUUCAGAUGGACAGAUUUUCCCUUUCUUUUCAUACACAUAUCAGACACAGUAAUAGUGUGAUAACAUGACAUUUGUGUCCAUUUGAAAAAUGUGGGGGACAUUGUUUUCCUUGUGUACCUUCACAGCUCCUCUUUGCACCAGAGAAACAAAGUGAUGCUCCAGCACUUAUUUAUAAUUUCAGCCAGUAGUUUUAAAAGUAGUGCUCACCAGCCAAAACCUGUUCCCGGAUAUUGUCCACUAACAUAGACAUUCGCAUGAUAAGUUACGCCCUGCAACAAUAACAAAAUGCUUUAAAAUGUUUUAUUCGUAUGAUAUGUUAAGUGGUUAAUAUCCCGGAUUGUAUCUUUAAUGUCUAUAUAUUUAUUAUGAGAGUGGGAAAAAGGGGUAUUUUUUACCAUAUACACUGAACAAAAAUAUAGAUGCAACAUGCGUGUUGGUAUUCAUGAGCUGAAAUAAAAGAUCCCAGAUAUUUUCCACAUGCACAAAAAGCUUAUUCCUCUAAAAUGUUUUGCACAAAUUU